AAAAGCUUGCGUCUAUAAAACCCGGUUGGUCUAUAAGUUAACGAAAUCUCAAAUCUCCUCCUACACUCCUUCGCCGUCUCUCUGGAUCGUGAAGAGCGUUUUACACUUCGAGCUUAAUCCUUAAAUUCUGCGCCGUUCCUCUCUCAAUUUCACUUCUUCACUAGAGUUUUCCCUCACUGGGCUCGCCGCUGGUAGCUGCCGAAGUUAGUCGGUUCCUCUUCGCCACGCUAUUCAAUGGAGAAAGCUUCUUCUCCGGUGCCAAAGUAAAGAACUUUCGUUGGAAGUGAAUUGAUUUUUUUGUGUGUUUCUGAGAGGGAUGCGUGUUGCCUUGGUUUACAAUGGUUCUAUUGGGUGAAGUUGUAAGAGAGUUUGAACAUGAGCAAUGGAGUUGGGGAAGGUGGAAGAGCUCAGAGCAGAGAAAAGAGAAAGCUUUUUCAAGCCAAUGAUUUCGCCUACGCCAUUGCAAGAAUGGCUGUGGCUCAGAUUUGCGAGAGUGUCGAGGUUAAUGUCUAUCAGGAAUCACAGACAACACGCGAGGGCCUUAGGUUUAGCUCUUUUCAAGAAUCUGCUCUUGAUAAGCUAGCCAGUGUAGCGGUUGAGUAUGUCCAGAGCAUUGGGAAGACUGCUCAGCUGUAUGCUAACGUAGCAGGUAGAGUAGAGGGUAAUUCUCUGGAUGUUGUUCAGGCGUUAGAGGAUUUGGGAUCUGGUGUGGGUUUCGCUGGUGUUUCGGACACUGACCGUUGUCUUGCUGAUUCCAGUGUAGUCAAGGAUGUUAUUCGUUAUACAGGAGAAGCGGAGGAGGUGCCGUUUGUUUAUGCUCUCCCUCGUUUCCCAGUUAAUAAAGAGAAAAGACUUGCUCCUAGUUUCUUUGAGGUUGGAGUAGUCCCUCCAGAAGAACACAUCCCCGUUUGGCUUCCUGCAUUUCCCGGAACCAAAUCUUGUCAUCUAUCAGAGGAAGCUAAUGCGGGUGCAAUCGAAGGAGAAGUUGCGAGUAAAGAAAAUGGGCCAUCGUUACCGAGUAUACAACGUUCUUUCAAUGGUGGUGGGUUAGAAGUACUCAAAUCUCCAAAUGAUGUUGGAAAAUCAACAGAAGGAGAGGAAGAAGUGGAAGGUAAUCCAUUUCUUACCGCACCUCUUCGAUUCGCGGAGAAGGAAGUGUCACCUGUGUUUCGUCCUCUGGAGCUUAGCAUCAACCACGUCUCUGAUAAGCAUAUGAGCAACAACCACCGCAUCCCAGUUCUUGAAUCAUCUACUCCAUCAGAUGGUAUCAACAAGGAGAACGGGUUAGCUGAAUCCGAGGAUGGAGAGAAGAAAGAUGGUGCAAGACCACAACAGACUUUGUUACGUUUCAAGAUUGGAACUCUGAAGAGACCUUCGUGUUUGGCUAUAAAGAGGAGCGUCCAGGAACAGGGGUGGUUUCAAGAAGGUGGAGACAAGAGGGAGAAGAAGUUAGGAACCGAAAGGAUUGAUUUGGGAACUGUCGACUCAGAUGUAAAAUAGAUGGAGAAGAAACGAAGAAAUGGACAAGAAGAAGCCAGCAUUAAGGAGCUUCUUUUGAAGUUAUGACCAGACAACAGAUUAGGCUCUUUGGUGCUUUGCUUUGGAGGUUACCUUGAAGAAGAAAGAAGAGAAGUGGAAAAAAAGGUUUUUUGUUUUAGUUCUUUGAUAAAGAGGUUUCUUUCUUUAAAGGCAAAAGAUACAACUGUCGCCGGAAAGCUUUGAAGCACAUAUAUAAUGUAAGAAUGUCAUGUGUUAGUUUCACAAAAAAAAAAGAAUGUACAUGUGUUAACAUGUAAGCUUAUACAUGUAACAAAUUUUGUAUUAUC